GGCAGAGAGAGACAUCAUAACAACAACAGUCAUGGCGGACCGCUUGUCGCAACUUCAAGAUGCAGUUAAUAUGCAAGCAGAGAACCUUUAUAACAGCAUAGGCUGUUUGUUUAAUUCAGCACCACCAUGUAGUUUUGAUAAAAGUGGCAAGACCCCUUCACAAAAUGAAAAUCCUGAUGAUAUGACUGAGCACAAAAGAGUCUUCGCAACUCUCAUUGCUCGUAAUGCCAAGGAUAUAGAUGCACUGAUUGAAAGUCUUCCAUCUGAAGAUUCAUCAGCUGAACUUCAGACAGCCAGCAUGAGGGUGCUAGAGCAGGAAGGUGAAAAAGCUGCUCUGAGGCUUCAGCGAGGCAUUGAUAGAGGAGACAAAUUACUAGAGGAAAUCAACAGAGAUCUUAGUGACAUUGCCAACACCCAGUUAGCCAUUAAUCGCAUUACAGACGCUUCUCAGGGGGAUGCAAUUAAGAUAUGAAUCUUUUGGUGUUAGGUUUUGAAAAGAUAACCAUUUUUUUACAAGCAAAGAAGCCUUCCAAAUUUGGCAGGAACAACUUUCCAUCUAGGGCAUUGCUUCUAAUCCAGAAUGAAAACAAACUUUGUUGAUGCAAGUUUGUCCAAGUUUGUCACAGAGGUAGAUCAAAAUCCUUUCUACUACUACAAGUUACAUUGAGAAAGAAUUUGUUAUUUGUCAGCACUUUGUAAUUGUGCUCAGUGGUUUUAACCCAAGAUAACAUAUAUGUAAGAUAACCAGUGACACUAACCUACAAUAUGAGUGUUUAUUUAUUUUAAAGUGGUUAAUUUCCUUUUCCUUUGUGAAAGAAUAUCAAGUUACAGAUUUCACGUAUCUAUACUUUACAUAUCUGGCCUGGAUAUUUCCCAGUAAAUAGAGUUUCUUAUAUCUAAUGCUACAAUAGAUAUAAGUAAUGAUAAUAGACUGGAAAAUAGUAUGAAAUAGGGCUUGUUUAAAAACAAUUUGCAAAUUGAUUCCAGUAUAUUUAAAGUGGUAAGAAUACUCAACUGCAAAAUUGUUUGAAGUACGGCUCAUUUUUUACAAAUUAAAUCCAGUGUAUAUAUAAAGUGGCAAUCAUGACAUACUUAAUGAAAUAGCAGUAGACUUCAUUUUGCAGCUGGUUUGAAAAUCUUAGAUAUAAUGAGUAAAUUAUGUUAGUUACUACAAUUAUAUCAUAUUUUCCCAUAUAGUUGCAUUGAUAAUUUGAUGAAACUCCUACUAGUUUAAACAGGUGGCAUGAAAGAUACAGUCCUUAGUUUUUAAACAAUCAGUUUACAAAAGGUAUUUCUUAAAUUGAGUGUAGCAUAAUCCAUAAAAUACCCAAUGUUACAAAAAUAAUAAGAACAGCUUAAAAUGAUUACAUGUAUAACAGAUCUAGGUACAUGAAUUUAGUUUUACAGGAAAUAAAGUUCACGAGGUGAAGUUUUUCAAAGUGUACUUUCCAAUUGCAGUUUUAAAGGGCCAAAUACUAGAAUUUAUUUAAUUUAUGUCAGGCCAUGGUUAAGGAGUUACUUUCAUGUGUGCUUGUGAUAUUUAUUCGGGAUGUCCUGUGUUUUCCCAAGAAUGGCAGGAGUGUCUGUCUGCUGUUAAACUUCCUUUCAUUCCCUUGUUUACCUCAUUUCAUCUACAUUGUAGAUUUACAGUUUUGCAGUUUGCUAUAUAUGGAGUCAGUGUGCGUUAGUCAAGUUGAUGGAGAGUGUUAGGAUGUUCAGAACCAUUUCUGUUUGGUUGAAAUGGUAAUAUAGAAAUAGUCAUACAGGUAUGACAGCGAACAAAAAUAAAUAUUUUAAGAUUCUUCCAACAGCUAUUUAACUUUGUUUUCUUGGACCUUAAAUCCAAUGUAAAUUUUAUUGACUGCCAUGGCCUGUUAUUACAAAAAGGGUGAGUGUAUUGUAUUUCAUUGUUAAGUUGAUGUUCCAUACAGAAGUAUAUUAAAUGUUGCUCUAUUUUCAUGCUGAUUUUCUAUAAUUGUAAUUUUCUUAUAUAUACAGUAGUUACUAUUUUCUAACCAAUGGUGGUGGUUCUUCCAAUAAAAAAAAUACUGUAUAUAGUGUAAUGAUGUAUCCAGUGGCAAUCAUAAAAAACAGGAAGGAAUUAAUCAGAAUUUACAAUAGUAUAUUUGGUAUCCCCUUAUGAUUUAUAUAUAUACAGAUAUUUCAGCAUGAUUUUAGUGCCAAAUAUUAUGUAGAAUUAAGAACUGGAUAUGGGGGGGAAAAAAAUAAAAGCCUCACAAUUUUUAAGAUUAGCAGGUAUUUGUAGAACUAUGCAAGUGACAAUUUCAAGAGAGAAGGUUUCAUUUUGUGAAAAAGAGGAUGUCCUUUGUUAGUUUUGAUAUUUCAUGAAGACUCCAAGAUUCACAUUUCAUUGCCUUAGUCAGUUUAUAUUAUGAUUUACAAUACUCAGGUCCAUGUUGUCUUUGAAGACAUGUUUAUUGUUUUGAAAUUGUAAAUCUUCUUUCUUCACUCUUCCCUUAAACUACUACUACUCUCUAGUAUACAGUCAUAUUACUGAAUUUCAGUCUUGUAUACUUAAGCAUAUUAAGUGAAUAAAGGUAUUUUUACCCAGUUCACAGAUUUUGUAUAGCAAAAGUG